UCUUGAGAGUUAAUAGAUCGAGAGUAGAUCCGGUGUGAACAUGUUAAGGAAGCUCUUUCUAAUUUUCGUGUUAAUAUGCGUGACAAAGUGCAAACGUUAUCCUCGUUACUCGGUCAACAACUUAUACACGAUACUUGAUCGAACGUCAGAAUACAUAAAAAAUCUCAACAACGCAUAUGAAUCAUCAAAUACCGACACAUCAAAUAUUGAUAGUAAAAUUGCUAAAUAUAUGGAAACUACAACCAAGAUGAUCCUUCAGCGACAGACAAGGGCUUUCCCUCAUUUACAGCCCAUUGAAGAGGUGAGUGUGCUGCAAGGUUUCAAAGAGGCCUUAUCCAUCAAUCUACCAGACUUUCAGGAUAUAGCACUGUUCUCCAUUCAAAAUGGACAACAGUUGCUCUGGCUCGCUGCAGCCAUCGACUCCUCAAGGAUAUUGCUGUAUCAGUUAUUUGACAAUAAUAUUGAAUACCCUAAGACGGCGCUUCUUUUGGCUACUUAUCCACAGCCUAAUGGAAAACGGAUAAUAGUAAAUAAUUAUGGCAUCGAUACGCUCACGGUCGUCCAAACGAACACCGAUGAAAUCGUCGUCCUGCGCCUCGGCAUCAACAAAUCCAACACUUACGAGUUCCAAUUCAAACAAGAAUUCGAGAUUCCCGGAGUGUUGCACAUGAACGUGUGGUUUGGUAUGAAUCAAUUGUACCUAGGCAUCGCUUCGGACGCGAAGGUCUUCUUAUAUACCUGGCUCGGAGAGCACUUCGACCAGAUAGACACUUUGCAUUUCGGAGCGAGGAAAUUGUUGUUCUUCCGGCAGAAGAGCUUCAUGCACGUCAUCCUGAUGGGAUCCCUCACGAGAAUAUUCCAGUUCUCUGUGCGCUCGAAUAAAUUUAUAGAGACGCAGAAAUUGCACGGCACUCGAGACGCUAGCCUGUUCUACUUCAAAGAAGGUCGUUUCGAGGAACGUUUCUUAGCUCUGGCUGAUGAUAAUUCCACGAUUUUCUACAAGGAAAUGUAUAAUCGUUUCGUGCCGUUUCAAAAAGUCGCUCCAGCGAGAUAUGUUUAUUCUUUAACGAUGGGAAAUACCGUGAUUCUCUUUGCCGUGAUCGAAGAAAAUAGCGCGACGAUUUAUCAGUACAACGGUUGGAGAUUCAUAGAACUACGCACGAGACUGUCGAGCAUUCGUCGGAUUUUUCAAAUCCGCUCGUACGGCGAAGACAUGUUGAUCGUGCAAAAUCAAGACGGAGAGUGGAAGUUCUUGAGGCCUAUUUGGAGUAUGAAGAAAACAUGGAAAACUUUACGGGGUGAAAUAGAGACUUGGUGUUCUGCGGUCAAGCGGAAAGCAUCUCAGAGAAGUUUAGAAAAAAUUCUAGACUUCAAGAGGUCCGUGACGAUGCGGGACGCAUACAUUCAUCGACUACGUGUUCAGAACAUAAACGAUCACAAUGCGACGGAAUUGAUUCGCUUGACGGAGCAAUAUAGGAAAACAAUUUCCAAAUUGAAUUUGGCGAACAAAACAUUAGCGGAAAGAACGAGCGGCGAAAAAUUUAACCAUACAAUCGUGUAUGGCAAAAAAGUCACAGUUCAAUGCAAGACAAAUUGUUAUGUUCACCAUUUAAAUACAGACAGCGAGAUUGGACCUACGUACAACUCCAAAAGGCCAAACACCAUUAAUCGCUCUUUAAAAUUCGCCAAUUUAAAAGUAAAAGCGAUAAAUAACUGGAGAUGUCCCAUCCCUAACUUCGUCGUAAAAGAUAUAUUCGUUAAGGAGUCUAUUAACGGGAUUUCAAUGAAAAAACUUCAAGAAGAAACAUUGAAGAUUUCCGGAGAUCAGGAAGUUUCAGGUGAACACUAUUUCAACAACUUAAAUGCGACCAGCAUUUCCAUACCACUGGACAUUGCGACGCAUGAUACUAGUGCAAGAUUGCAAAUAACCGAGGCAAGAGUAAAGGAAUUUCAUUUAGUCAAAAACGAAUUCUUUUUGCCACUGAACGGUCCCACGGUCACAAUGACCGGUUCGAUAACGGCUGCAAAAGUCAGAAUUGCAGGAAUUAUCGAGAUAAGGGGCACAAUAACGGGCAAAAGUGGAAAGAAAUUAAUGCCCUUGACAGAUAUUUAUACACCCUUGAAGGUGCCUUACGACUGUUUUCUGCAAAACGCGACGUUCAGAAACUUCGUCGAAGCUAAAGAUAUCGUCAGCCCUCGUAAAACAUCUCUGAAGCGAAUUUUAGAAGAUAACAUACCGCUGGACUCUGACGUGCCGAUACAUCUGAUGUUGUCCAGCGAUAAAAUACAAUGGGACAAUGUAACCCUGUUGGACUACAAGAACUGGGUAACGAAGAAUUCGACCGACACCAUAAUUAUUUCUGGUACCAAAUACGCGAGCAACGAUAUCGUCUUAACAAACGUUACCUAUGAGAAUCUUCCCACUUCAAAAUUGACCGUUCCCGUAUGCGCUAUGCAAGUUAUUACACGAGACAUUAUAAGUUCUUCCAUAACGGUGGACGAUUUAAUCGUAAAAGACUUGCACGUUUCGAAUGUUACUGGAGCUCGUGAUUUAAAUGACACUAUGUUCAAUUCGGUGUCAGCCUUGCAGAGCGUUGAUUUCUCAACAAAGCUGUUCACCGGGCGAGUAGUCGUGAAAAAUAUCUCAGCGUUGGAAAUUAAAGGAGUAGAUGUCAGAGCAUUAAACAGCCAACUAAACAAGUGGAUAGAUGUGAAUCACAUAAAGGGACCAGUAAAUGUUUCAAAGUUACUCGUUGAGAAUCUACAAACGCCGGUGAAUUUGGGUAUUUUUUUGCCUACGACGGUAAAUACCGUAAUUAUGCUUGGGAACAGUAAUAUCGGAAAGAUCAACGACGUGAAUAUGUCAUCCUUCAUCGAAAAUGUGCAAAAAGUGCAUGACGAAAUAUCUCUGGAACACGCAACAUUCGCUCAUGGAUUCACAUCUAACCACACACAUGCCUUUCGUUCGACGUUAAAUCUCCCCCACAUAGAUGUGCAUCUUAAUUUGCACUCAAAACGGAUCUCCGACACUUUGGAGACGAGUAUGAUGAACGUGCCUCAGACUUUCGGCUACGUUACGAGCAACGCAUCAUCGACGUUUAUUAUAGAGGGAACAGCUAGAUUUACGAAAGAACCAACUGUGCGAAGUAUAAACGACAUAGAUCUUGAAAAAUUAUCCGAAGAUUUAUGGAUGUCGGAUCGCAGUGCAGUCAUAUCCGGUAGCAAUAUGAAUUUAAGGAACAUGUCUAUAAAAGAGAAAGUUAUUGUAUAUAACGUUGCAAAUUCGCUGAAUAUCAACAUGUGGUUGGGACUGUCGAGCAAAUUAUUGAGCAAAACGAAGCAACAAAAUAUCACUGUGGCUGCGUCGUUUAAAGACGUCGUGGUGCCUGCUGUUACCGCGGCGAAUGAUUCGACUCUCCAGACAUCGGACCCUGAUUUAAAGAAUCUGCUGACUAAUUCUUUGAUGAGAAACAGUACGAAGGCGCAAGUCGUAGAUGCUACAUGGCACUUUGACGAACUGAGUAUAGGCCAUUUGUAUUGGAACGGCAAGUUCAACGAUAUCGAUUUGAACACAGACAUCGUCAGAUUUGACGCGAAGCAAAAUAUUAUUACUGGGAAGAAGAAAGUUGCACAUUUAGUGACCGAUGAACUUUGGUCACAUAACAAUGAGUUUUCGAAAUUUGCUAAAUAUGCUCUAACUAAAAAAUGUCGAGAUAUAACCGUAAUCAAAGGUCAAAAGACUUUCAAGAACAUUAGCUUGAACAACUUGAGUGUCAAUGGUAAGCUUGCGGGGUACAGUAUUGAGCAAGCGUUGCUGAAGUCUAAAAAUCAGACAGUAUUCGGUCUCAAGAAGAUACAUGGUCACCUUAAUGUAUCAUCUCUUAUUACCGAAAGCGCGGUAAACGACGUAAUUCUUACGCAAUUAAUAGAUAAUCAAGUGAAGAAACACGAGUUGGCGCAAACAAUAGAAAGCGAGAUCAACUUCCAAAAGCAUCUUGAGGUUUUCGGAAAUAUCACAAUCGGUGAACUUUACGAAGGCAUAGAUUUAGACAAUAUUAGUGAUAACAGAUUGGACGCCGUUCUGAGCAGAACGACAGAAGUUCUGGAAAUGGCGGACGACAUAAAAACUGGAUUACAUAAUCCUGCAAUUUAUGUGAGUAAAUUCGAAGAGGUAAAAGAGGAUACAUUGAAAAUUACUACAAAUCUUAAUACCGAGGAUGUGAUGACUCUCAACAGUACUUGCGUCUGUGAAGGAAAGAAUUUUUCCACAUUUUGCAACAACACGAAAUUAACGAAUAUUCUUGCCGGCAAAAAUUCCAGCACGUUCAUAACGACGAAAUUGAUGCUGCUAGGUGAUACCCUGUUUGUAGUAAUAGUGUCGUCGGAUUUUGUCUCGGUUUAUACAUACGACGAUGCAGAACAGGAUUUGCAUAAGAGAGCAGAAUUACACGUGCCCGAUGUACUCCAAGCGUCUGUGGAGCCAACCAAUCACGCGAUUUGGAUCGCUGUGCAAUUGCCGAGACAAACCUUAGUGUUGCGUUAUCAAGAGUGGGAUGAAUUUGAACAAUAUAUCCUGCCGGCUUCGGAUAUAUUGCUGACCAGCAAAGCGCCAAAUAAUCAACACUUACUGAUACGAUCUGAUGGCGUGUGGAAUCUCGGAGGAGUCUUUCAUCCAGAACACAUAUUCAAACUACCUUUGAACGGAGAGGUAAAAACCUUCGCUCUCGGCACUGAUUAUUAUGUGAAAGUAACGGAAAAAAAUAGCACGACUCUCCUGAAAGCGCGAUAUGUGAGUAACUGAAGUGUACAAAGUAGUUAAUGUAAUAAUUCCUAGAGAUAAGCUUAUUUUAAAUUUGGUGAAUUCGCAUUCUUUGUAAAUAUGUCCAUUCAUGUCUAUAUUAAUUGCUUAAAAAAUAUAUACAUCGAUUUGCAAAGCAUCAAGAAUAUCAAAUGUGUAUAAGAUGAAUGUUCUAAUUAGUGCUAGCGUCCCAAUUUGUGACGAUUGCACGUGUUUUCUUUAAUAAAUCAGCCGAUGCCAAUCGGUAUUUAUCCUGAACGUGUGUUCUUACUUUAACUUUGAUAUAUAAUCAAUUAU